ACUAUCCCCCUCCAGCUGACCCCGUUGUCUCCUCUUCUCCUGAAUGACCCCCAAGGAUGGACAAGGACAGGAAUGAGAUGACUAAGAGAAUAUUACACCUCACCUUGGAGAUCCUCCACCUGCUGACCGGAGAGGAUUACACCAUAGUGAAGAAGACAUCGGGGGAGUGUGUGGCCCCCAGAAGCCAUCUACAGGAGUCAGGAGGACGGAGCAGGGCCCGGGGCCCCAUCAUGGAGCCUACACCUCACUCACCGAUACAUGAUCAGAAGAUACUAGAACUUAUCCACAGGAUCACUGAACUGCUGACUAGAGAGGUUCCUAUAAGGUGUCAGGACGUGGCGGUCUAUUUCUCCAUGGAGGAGUGGGAGUAUGUAGAAGGACACAAGGAUCAGUACAAGGAUCAGGUCAUGAUGGAGGAUCAGCAGCCCCUCACAUCACCAGAAAAUCCCAGUAAGAAUUCUGAGGGAAACUUCAUGUUAUUGACAAAUAAUAACGUAGAAGAUGAAGAUAUGAUAGAGCGCUCCUCAGGAGAAGACCUCCUCACCCCUAAUGUCCAUCCAGGACUUCACAGUACAGAUCUAUACUAUAACAAUCCCCCUGAUCAUGAGGAACCUUCUCCUGACCAAUCACAGAUUGUUACCUCAAGGACAGAUCAAAAACAUGGUAAAGGUUUUCAUCGUGAUGAAUGUGGAAAAGAUUUUACAAAAAGAUUGGCUCUCGUUGCUCACAGGAAAAGUCACACAAGAAAGAAACUGCAUGUGUGUUCAGAAUGUGGGAAAUGUUUUAUAGAGAAAUCCCAACUUGUAAUACAUGAGAAAAGGCACACAGGUGAGAAGCCAUAUUUGUGCUCAGAAUGUGGGAAAUGUUUUAAACAUAAAUCACAUCUGGUAAUACAUGAGAUAAUUCAUACAGGAGAGAAUCCGUUUUCAUGUUCUGAAUGUGGGAAAUAUUUUACAAGUAAAUCCAGUCUUGUAAUACAUAAGAGAAGUCACACAGGAGAGAGGCCAUAUUCCUGUUCAGAAUGUGGGAAAUGUUUUAUGCAGAAAUCAUAUCUGGUCAUACAUGAGAGAAUUCACACAGGAGAGAAACCAUAUUCCUGUUCAGAAUGUGGAAAAAGUUUCAUAGAGAAAUCACAGCUUGUCAGACAUGAGAGAAGCCACACAGGAGAGAAGCCAUAUUCAUGUUUAGAAUGUGGGAAAUGUUUUACAAAUAAAUCACAUCUUGUAUCGCAUGAGAGAAGUCACACAGGAGUGAAGCCUUAUUCAUGUUCGGAAUGUGGGAAAUGUUUUACAAGCAGAUCAAAUCUUGUUGCACAUCAGAGAAGUCACACAGGAGUGAAACCUUAUUCAUGUUCACAAUGUGGGAAAUGCUUUAUGCAGAAAUCACAACUUCUUAUACAUGAGAGAAGUCACACAGGAGAGAAGCCGUAUUCAUGUUUACAAUGUGGGAAAUGUUUUACAAAUAAAUCACAUCUUGUUUUACAUGAGAGAAGUCACACAGGAGAUAAGCCAUAUUUAUGUUCAGAUUGUGGGAAAUGUUAUACAAGUAAAUCACAUUUUGUUAUACACGGGAGAAGUCACACAGAGAAGCUCACAGGUCCUACAGCUCCAAUAUUUUGUAGCAGAUACAGAGCAGGUCCUGGUGCAUUACAUGAGGAGGAGGUGACCCCAUCGUCUCCUCUUCUCCUGAAUGACCCCCCAAGGAUGGACAAGGACAGGAAUGAGAUGACUAAGAGAAUAUUCCACCUCACCUUGGAGAUCCUCCACCUGCUGACCGGAGAGGAUUACACCAUAGUGAAGAAGACAUCGGGGGAGUGUGUGGCCCCCAGCAGCCAUCUCCAGGAGUCAGGAGGACAGAGCAGGGCCCGGGGCCCCAUCAUGGAGCCUCCACCUCACUCACCGAUACAUGAUCAGAAGAUACUAGAACUUAUCCACAGGAUCACUGAACUGCUGACUAGAGAGGUUCCUAUAAGGUGUCAGGACGUGGCGGUCUAUUUCUCCAUGGAGGAGUGGGAGUAUGUAGAAGGACACAAGGAUCAGUACAAGGAUCAGGUCAUGAUGGAGGAUCAGCAGCCCCUCACAUCACCAGAUGGAGUCAUGGAUAGAAAUCCACCCGAGAGGUGUCCCCGUCCUCUGUAUUCCCAGGACUGUCCAGAGGGAAAUGUCCUAGAAAAUCAAAAGGGUGAAGAUCUGAUCGAUCUUAAGGUUGAGGUGAAAGAUGAAGCAGAAGAGGAGACGGAUUUCAUUGCUGAUCAGCAGUAUGGAGUCAUGGAUAGAAAUCCACCCGAGAGGUGUCCCCGUCCUCUGUAUUCCCAGGACUGUCCAGAGGGAAAUGUCCCAGAGAAGCAUCAGGGGGGAGAUCUGACUAAUAAUAAAGUGGAGGAUGAAGAAGAGAGGAUGAGGGGUCAUCACCCGUGUAUGAGGGAAGUGAAGGAGGAAAUUCCGGGAGGUGUUACCCCAGAAAAUCCCAUUAAGAAUUCUGAGGGAAACUUCAUGUUAUCGCUGAAUUAUAAAGUAGAAGAUGAAGAUAUGAUGGAGCGCUCCUCAGGAGACGACCUCCUCACUCCUAAUGUCCAUCCAGAUCUAUCCUAUAGUAAUCCUCCUGAUCAUGAGGAACCUUCUCCAGACCAAUCACAGAUGAUUACGACAAGGACAGAUCAGAAAGAGGGGAAAAGGUUUCAAUGUGCUGAAUGUGGAAAACAGUUUUCAAGGAGAUCAGGUCUUUUUAUACACCGAAGAAUUCACACAGGAGAGAAGCCAUAUUCAUGUUCAGAAUGUGGGAAAUGCUUUAUAAGUAAAUCCUAUCUGGUAAGGCAUGAAAGACGUUACAAAGGAGAAAAGCCAUUUUCAUGUUCAGAAUGUGGGAAAUUAUUUGCAAAUAAAUCAAAUCUUGUGACACAUGAGAGAAUACACAAAGGGGAGAAGCCAUAUUCAUGUUCAGAAUGUGGAAAAUGUUUUAUACAGAAAUCAAAUCUUGUUUCACAUAAGAGAAGUCACACAGGAGAGCAACCGUAUUCAUGUUCAGAAUGCGGGAAGUGUUUUAUACAGAAAUCAAAUCUUGUUACGCAUGAGAGAAUUCAUAAAGGGGAGAAGCCGUUUUCAUGUUCAGAGUGUGGGAAAUGUUUUACAAGUAAAUCUGAUCUGGCUAAACAUGAAAAGAGUCACAGGGGAGAGAAGCCAUAUUCUUGUUCAGAUUGUGAGAAACGUUUUCUCCAGAAAUCGCAUCUCAUUUCACAUGAGAGAAGCCACACAGGAGAGAAGCCGUAUUCGUGUUCAGAAUGUGGUAAAUGUUUUAAAGAUAAAUCAAAUUUUGUCAGGCAUAAGAGAAUUCAUACAGGAGAGAAACCGCAUUCUUGUUCGGAAUGUGGGAAAUGUUUUAUUACUAAAGUCAAACUAAGGAUCCAUCAGAGAAGUCACACAGGAGAAAAAUCAUAUUGAUGUUCUAUAUGUGGAAAAUGUUUUAUAAAAAUUUUUUUUUUUUUUUUUUUCGAAAUUUACCAGAGAAUUUUUGCUGAAUAACCAAAUUGUAUUUAUUGGAGGCCAACUGUGAACGGGGUCAACAGAGUACCUGUAUUCAUGAUCUCACCCACAUCCAAAUGAUAGGGGAUAAGAUGUCUGAUCGUGGGGGUCCCGCUGUUGGGGCCGGGUUCCUGUGACAGUGGUCGUGACCUCACAGCCAUGCCCCCUCGUGAUGUCAUGCCCCCUCUAUUCAUGUCUAUGGGAGGGGGCGUGUCUGUCGACACGCCCCCUCCCAUAGACAUAAAUAGAGGAGGCGUGUCAUGAUGUCACAAUCACGGCCUCCAGCUACAAGCGCUCUGAACAAAAUGUUUAGAACGCUGGAGCACCAGUGUCCCUUUAAAUUCCUGGUUUUGCCUCUGUGGCACUAACAGCCCCCAGCAGGUGCCCAUUAUAAGACCUCAUACACACCAGUAAGUAGGUCCAAAACAUGCACAUCUUUCCAUUAGACUUUUUUCUGCUUAUAUCUUAAUCCCAGUUCUAACCUACAAAUGUAGAUGAAAGGUAGUGCCAAAAAUAAAUAAAAAAUGGCCUUACUGUAUCCUAGUCUCUUGUCCUACUUUCCACUCUUCCUUCUUAAACUGUACCUGUUGUUAACAAAA